AUGGUCAAAGUUAUUGAAAAUUCCUCCUUUUUCAGCUAUGUAAUCAUGCUUCAAGCCAAACUAAACUUGGACAAAACUGCAGGGCUCACUCAACAGCUGAGGCGAUUCUCUGCAGACCAUGUGAAAAUAAAUAAAGAGGAUACUGAUCAAGCUAAGCGUCUGGUAGACAGUUACUUAGAAAAUGGUGUAUUACAGUACAUCUUUAACAAUUCACAACCCCUGUCCAUCAGUAAGCUAGAAUACACAGGAAGCCUGUAUGAGAGACUUAAAACUGAAGCAGCUGAUGAGGUGGAUGUCAUGGUAGUAUUACAGACUGCCAAACAGGAAGUGAUACAAGAGGAUGCUGGGGUCCCUGGUUUUGUUCUGUUAAAGGUAUCAAAAGAUGGUUCACCACUAAAGAAGUAUACAGACACAGAUGGUUAUCUUGUCCCUGAGAAGCUGCGAGCAAGUUGGUUCUUUGGCCUUGUUCAGAAGGCAGUUAAUGAACUUGCUUUACCAGUUCAGAUGGAGGUUAGAGCGCAUGGCCCAGCCGUUCAGCUUGAUAUCACAGACAGCAACUUGGGAAAGAAGCUGUCUGCUGAUUUGGUCCCAACAUUUAGGAUUGGUGCCAUGGACUACUUUGUGGCAAAAUCCUAUACAGGGAACACGGCUGCCACCUGUGAUUGCAAGCUUCUCUGGCGACAGUCAUUCUCACUGAAGGAGAAAGCAAGACUGCAAGAAAUGGAUAAAGAGGAUGGUGGUUGUAGACAUGAACUUCUCCGAAUUAUCAAAAGCAUCAUUAGAGGAGAGGCAACUUUUGCUAAACUGACAAGUUACCAUUUAAAAACAGUAUUUUUGAGGUACAACACUAAUGCAAAGGUUUCAUGGGAUAAAGACAUGCUUGGGGAGAGGUUUAUUGAGUACUUGGAGUUGCUCUAUGCUGCAGUAAAUAGCAAGAUUCUGGAUCACUUCUGGAUUGAAGGGGUCAACCUCUUGGAAAAUGUACCUGGUAAAACUCUGGAAAACAUGGCUUGUAGGCUGCGCAGGAUUUUGGAUAGUGACAAAGAAAGGAAUAAAGUCCUUAAAUGUAACAUCACAGUUCCAAUGACUACAAAUGGCAAUGGAGUUGAAAACUGUCCAGUCACAUCACCAGGGAAACCAAAGCUAUGUCAACCCAAUAUGCCACAAACUUCUACAGAUCUUUUGCAAGUCUUGCGAAGAUUCCUUGACAGCCUGGGCACAAUUCUCAGUGAAGAUACAAAGUGGUGUAAGGAAAUUGUGGAGCAGGUUGUGAAAGAUGGAGUGCUGAAAUGCUGCAUGGAGAAAUCUGAUCUCAUUAGUAAGUUUGAAUAUGGUGGAAGUUUGUAUGAAAAUUUGAAAACCACACAUUCCGAUGCUGAUGAUGCUGUUAUCUUCCUUGCCUUGAACGCAAAAAACAGCCUCAUUGAUUUUGAAGUAAAUGAUGCAGGAUAUGCAGGUAUAAAGGCAACAGAAGAUUCUCCUUACAAAGAGUUUUCCAAUCCAGAUGGUUUCCUUAUGCCUGUAAAAUUCCAAAACUGGCUUUUCAAGCUAGUUACCAGUGCUGUGCAGAAUAUUAAUAGUGAAGGAGCUUCAACAAUGUCUUUGAAAGCUUCAAACUCCAGUAGUGUGAAAGUUUGCAUGCGUGAGCAGUCAAAGGCUUUGGAGGUUCAGUUUGUGCCAACAUUUCAACUUGGCAGUGAGUAUUUUGUUCCACCAUCUUCUCAACCCAGUCAUUUACCAGUGGGUGUGGUCCAGGACACAGCCUGGAUCAAGUCAUACACCUUAAUGCAGAAGGCCCUCCUUAAAGACAUGGACAAAGACCAUGGUUGUCGGCACAGCUUGUUUAAAGUGGUAAGCACAGUUCUCCACAAAGAAGCAACAUUUUCACCUUUAACAUCAUUCCAUCUCAAAAUGGGUCUACUCUGGUACAACAAAACAACCAGUGACUGGGGUCAAGACAGCUUAGCAGAGCAUUUUACAGGUUUUGUGACCUUUUUGAGGGAUGCACUUCAAAAGAAAGAGAUUCAACACCACUGGAUCCAAGAGUUAAACCUGUUGACAAAGAUUUCACCCAAGACCCUUGAAAACAUGCACACCAGGCUGUCAAGAAUCCUUAACAGUGAACAGGAGAGGAGUAAAGUGCUGAAUAUUGAUGGGCUUAAACAGAAACUUUAACUCAAGUUAUUAUUGUUUUGUGAUUUUGUGCAGAAUUUGUUACUGUGAAAAACACAUCUGAAAUAUGGCAACACACAAUGCUGAGCUAAUUUAAGUAUUUAGAGAGUGGUUUUCUAAUGAUGAAAAAAAAAACAAGAAUUAAUGAAUGAAUGUUGAAUAAAUUUCUCUAUGGAAUAAAUUGUUGGAAAUAAAUAAAACAGUAUAAUGCAUGUAGCUCAACAGAAGUUGGCUUCAGACAACUGAUUGCUGUCAGUGCCAUGCUUUCUUUUGUUUUACUUUUUCCUUUCUCUUCAAUUCUUCCUCAGUAGCCAUCUCAGGUUCAGAAGACACUUAUACAUCUGUACAUUACCCUGUAGGUUUUUUCCUUCAUAGUCAAGAACAUCCCAGGAACAGGCAUAGAGCAGAAGAAAAAAUGUUUCUAUGUUCUCUUUUCCAUAACCCUUUAUGUUUGCUUAGGUACCAUUUUGCUCUCCUUGCUUGUACUUUGGACAAUGGUGUGAAAGAAAGCAGGCUUUGGACAAACUAGGACACCUUUUGUACCUCAACAUCAGUAUACAUUUUCUUCAUACUGUUCUCCAUUUAUUUCCCAAGGGGCUGCUAAGGUGAUCAUUUCCUUCAUUGUCAUGACCUCAAUUUUUGAUUUAGGGGUGUUGUUGGCAGGGGAAGUUAGAUGCCAGUCACUCCAUGGAGUCAAAGGCUUAAAAUUUUUGAAAAAACCUAGCAGUAACACAUUUAAGGAGGGCCAGUCCAUCCACUGUUUCUUAGUUGAAUUGGGACUUUGAGAGUUGGGAAAAAGCAAGGACUAAACCAGACAACAAAUUAAAACCAGUUCUAAUUGGUGUAUUGGUUUGCGGCCUGUUUGGUACAUAUGUGCAAUUGUUGGGGUUUGUCCAUUUCAAAAUUUGCACUUUGUGUUGGAA